AUGGUCGACGUGAUCAGCAGGAUCUUCAACCCCGACGACAACGACCGCCGCGGCCUUCACGGUGAGCUCUCCCACCUACUGCCCCGCCAUCGCGAAGAUAACCUCGUCUCGGCGAUCCCUGCGAAGGACGUAACCCUCACAGCUCUGCGCAUCAAGUACCAGCUCGAACAAGUUAUUCCUUGCGAACUGCCCGAAGAUCGCAUCACGGCACCACACAGCCAUGUCAUCACCCCUGCCGUCAUCGAGACCACCAAGUCGGCUGGCAAAGUCUCAGGCUCGAACGAAGACCAUGGCGCCUGUGUGAUCUACUGCCUACUCAUCGUCAAGUCGUGGUUUCAGAAGCAGUCUCUGUUCGAACUAUGGGAUGCCGACCUGCAUGUGCUUCGUGCCACCGCAUGCGAGGUCUUGGCUAAGCACAUCAUUGAGGAUGAGGAGGACAACAACCACCUCAUGCAGGAGGUGCUGCUCAAGCGCUACAGCAUCGUCGUCGACGGCGAAGACACUAAGCCUGCCAAUGCCAUCGAGAAGGCUGUCGACUUGCACGCCGUGAGAGUGAUAGGGAGCUCGGGAUAUCAGAAGUGUAUCAGCUAUCUGUGGCGAGGAUGGCUCGUACAGGAUGACAACGACCCAAGCCGCUUCGUCGACUACAAGCUCAAGGCAUCGACCAAUUACUGGGAUCACUUUGAGCCAGAUCGGAUGCGCGUUCCACAGUAUCAGAACGCCCUGCAAGUUAUCCUUAGCUUGAUCUUUCUCGGCCUCUAUACUGGCGCCAUCAAUACCAUUAAUCCCGGCGGUGAGUUGGACGUCGUGGAAGGAAUGCUCUACAUCUUUACCCUCGGCUUUAUCUGCGACGAGGCCACCAAGUUCUUCAAGAUUGGGCGCUACUACUUUGGCUUCUGGAAUAUGUUCAACUCGACUCUCUACAUCCUGCUGGCUGUGUCCUUUGUCCUCCGAACGAUCGCACUCGCACAUCCGUGGAAAUCAGACACCCGCUUCUACUACAACACUCAGAGCUACAACUUCCUCGCCUUCAGCGCGCCGAUGUUCUGGAUGCGCAUGCUGCUCUACCUCGAUGGCUUCCGCUUCUUCGGUGCCAUGCUGGUGGUGCUCAAGGUCAUGAUGAAAGAGUCAAUCAUCUUCUUCGCACUUCUCAUCAUCGUCCUUGUUGGCUUCUUCCAAGGGUUCAUAGGUAUGGACCAAGUCGACGAAAACAUCGAUGCGACACAAUUCAUCACAAAAGCCAUGCUGAACGCAAUCAUGGGUAGUCCGGAGUUCGACAACUGGGACAACUUCCAACCUCCCUUCGGCCUGAUUCUCUACUACAUUUACAACUUCGUCAUCAUCGUCAUCCUCCUCAACGUCCUGAUCGCGCUGUACAACUCAGCGUACGAGGACAUCUAUGAGAACGCCAUCGACGAAUACCUCGCCCUAUUCGCCCAAAAGACUCUCCAGUUCGUCCGAGCCCCAGAUGAGAACGUCUAUAUCGCACCGUUCAACCUGAUCGAAAUUUUUGGCCUGAUCAUACCAUUCGAAUGGUGGCUCCCUCGACAUCGAUACGAACAACUCAACGACCUCGUCAUGGGUGUGAUCUUCAGCCCACUUCUCUGCGUCACAGCAUUACUAGAAACUCGCACUGCACGUAAAAUCAAGUUCAACCGCUCGCGGCACGAGUCUGACGAUGAUACGAUCGAGGAAUGGGAGCAGCUUGAGGGCGAGAUGGAUGUCGAGGGUAGUGGGUGGAGUAAGAGAGUGAAGGAGACGAGCCCGAAUGUUGUUACUGAUGCUACGUUAUUGGAGGUUAGGGAGUUGAGGGAGCAGAUGAAGGAGUUGAAGGAGAUGCUCAGAGAACUGACGCUGGGGCCCGAGCAGAGUCAGAGCAGGAUUGGGGAUAGUACGUAUGGGGAGGCGGAUGGUGGGAAUUGA